AAUUUGCGGCUUUUCGUAUGUUUUCGACAAACACGUUGUUUAUAAGAAUUAUAACAUAGAGUUGCAACCAUGGCCACCGAAGAGGACAUUCCCAGAAUCCAAUUAGGCGACUACAUCGUCAUCCAGCGGCAGAAGUAUACGAAGCUACAAAAAUUCAGCAGUCUGGACACCACGGCCAAUUUGGGCAAAGAAACACUGGAGCUGAAGUCUCUUUUGGACCAACCCUAUGGCUCCACGUUCAAGAUGUGCGUCAAGGAGACCAAGCCGGGUAAAAGGGGCGCCCAGAGACAACACACCUUGGAGCUGUGCAGCGAGACUGAGCUGAGAAGCACGCGGGAGGUUUUGGGCAUCUCCAGCAGUGGAGCGGAUAAUCGGGACAUCCAGGAUGAUGGAGAAGCACAGACCUUGAAACCAGAGGACAUUGCGCAGCUGCGUGAGGAGUGCAAUGACUCCAGCAAAAUCAUCGAAAAGCUGGUGGAGAAUUCUAAGACGUUCCACAACCGAACGGAGUACUCCCAGGAGAAGUACCUGCUAAAGAAGGAGAAAAAGUAUUUCGAGUUCGUUCAGAUCCGCCAGCCAACGAUCCGGCUGAUGCUGGACAUCUUCUACCGCCAAGACUCGGAGAAGGUUAUGGGCAUUCGCGUUGACACUUUAUCGCAGAUUAUUUCUUACUCGGGCGUUUGUGGAUUCGGCAGCUAUCUGCUGUACGAGAGUGGUACCAAUGGUCUACUGCCGGCUGCCAUGCUCAACUCUAUAGGCGCAGGCACGGAGGGCACCUUGGUGCACAUGCACCCGGGCAAUGUGCCCCAGAAGCAGGCGCUCUCAGCUCUGAAACUACCCCUGGAGCAGCAACAGCGAUGUGUUUCCGUUAAUCUCUAUUCCGUUUUAAGGGAGUUCUAUCAAGGAGGGGAGGCGAAGGCCGCAGAUGUUCCCGUUGUGGAGCCCAGUGAAAAUAAGCCUCAGGAAACCCAGCCGGAGACGCCAACGGAAGAACAACCGGAGGCGAUAGAACCGAUUACAAAGAAACCCAAGCUGGAUGAGUCAAAGAGCGACAGAGAAGGUGCAAAGGGACCUCCGCGCUGGCAUUUGGAAAACAAGCGGGCCACCGCCCUGAUGCACGCUGAAUUCGACAGUCUGGUGGUGGCCGCCAAGGAGCACCCAUCCAACAUUCUGCAAGCCCUGCUGCCUCUUGUGAAACCAUCAAGGCCCGUGGUGGUAUUCAGCACCUGCAAGGAGCUCCUGCAAGAGACGUUCAUGGAGCUGAAAACCACAGGCAAGGUGACGGGUCUGCACUUGACCUCGAACUGGCUGCGCACCUACCAGAUCCUGCCCAAUCGCACACAUCCGGAAGUGAAUAUGAGCGGAAAUAGUGGCUACCUUUUGACGGGGUAUACGCUUAGAUAGUUGUUGUGCGUCUAACAAAUACAUGUAAGCCUUUGUUUUGAUAA